UCAACUUAAAACUUUAGUCAGAUAGUCAGCGCCAAGCGCUUACCAAGGAAGGACGUAUCGCUCGCUGUUGCGCCGCGUAAACUCGCCGGAGUUCGAAAAAUAUAGCGCAACUAACACGUUUUGAUACAACAUAAUUCAUAAUCAUGGGAAGAAAAGACAAAAGUAGUAUAUUUGGUGCUGUCAGAAUUAAAAAAAAAGUUUUGGCCGAUAAUUUAAAACGCGCAAGAGAAGCUUACCGGCAAAAAAGAGCUCAAAUGCAGCAGGAGCAAGUAAAGGCAAAUGAAAAUAUUGCUUCUGAUUUAACAAAGGUCGAAUCGUCGCCUCAGCAAGACAGCGCAGAAGUUUCCCUCCCACCAGCCCCUAGUACGUCUACCAGUUCUACCGUAGCAGCCGACAGAGGAUCGCAGAAUAAGCCAGAAACGGUCCAAGAUCAAGCCACAGUAAAUACAGGUUAG